ACUCAACAAGGCGGAUACCCCAUUUACUCCAAUCUCACGCGAAACCCAAUGACCGAAGCAACCCACGAAAUCGUAGUAGUCGGAGGCAAUCUAGCAGGAGUGCAAAUAUCGCAUUACCUGCUCCGCAAAACCAUCCCAGCCCUCCAGGCUACAGACAAACACCAAACCACAGCCUACCACCUAACAUUGAUCUCGCCAAACACGCAUCUCUUCUACAAAAUCGCCGCACCACGAGCCCUCAUAAACCCCACUCUCAUCCCCACAGAGAAGAUCUUCAAGCCGCUUACUCCAGCGUUUCAACAAUACGGCGAGAGCUUCGAGUACUUGCAAGGCGAAGCCGUGGAUCUAGAUAUCACGCACCGCGAAGUGGUAGCACGUAUGUACACUGCUCGCGGGGGGGAGAGGCGCGUCAAGUAUGAUUCGCUCGUUAUAGCUACGGGAGCGUCGACGACGUCUCCGCUGUGGUCGUUUCAUGGGGGGCAUGGAGAGAGCGUUAAUGCGUUUCGAACUCUCUAUAGGCAGCUUCCUGAAGCAGAGAGCAUUGUCAUUGCGGGCGGAGGUCCUGUAGGUGUAGAGACGGCGGGCGAGAUUGCCUCGGCGUAUCCGGAUGCGAAGGUGACGCUUGUUGGCGGCGAAGCUGGGUAUUUGCUUCCACGGGAGAAGGUGGCGAUGGGGCUUAAAGCGGAAGACAUGCUGGAAGAUUUAGGCGUUGACGUCAAGUUGGGCGUCAAACUCUCAGACGCAAACGCCUCGAGCAUAACUCGGCCCAUCCCCCUCAGCGACGGAACUUUCCUCUCUCCAUCAGUCUUCAUCAACGCUACGGGACCUCGCAUAUACAAUACCUCGUGGCUUCCACCCGCCUGGCUCGAUGAUAGCGGUCAGGUACUAGUCCGCGACGCCUACUUCCGAGUUCAAACCACAUCUACAUCCAUCUCUGCGAAAAACGUAUACGUGAUUGGGGACGCAGCGGCAGGAUACAAACGCACAGCAAUGGAACUCGAUGCCAUGGUCCCAACGGUAGCGUCUAGCAUCGCCAUCGACAUCAUGGUAGAGCGCAAGCUCGCGUCUCAAAUGCGUGGAUCAUCUUUGAAUGGAUUGAUGGGGUUAGUGAAGCCGUUUAAAAAGCCUUACGUAGGGGAGCAGAUCGAUUUCAAGCCUGCGCGAGAUACGAUGAUGGUGUCGAUUGGGCCGAAGGGAGGGGUUGGGGUGCGGCUUGGAUGGGGCGUGCCGAGUUGGAUGGUGAAGAAAGAGAAGGCGGAGCGGUUUUGCUUGGAGCUUGUUGAUCCGCUUGUUGAUGGGACGAAGUUUGACUGA